UACGCAUCAGCUGGAAUCAAUGAAAUCAGGAAUGCGACUUUUUCUUUAUUAUUAAUUUAACCAUUGAGCUGUAAACUUCAUAGGUCGAUGAAAUAAACUGAGAGUAUAUUUAUCAUAUAUAUUUAUUAAGCAAGAAGUUAAAAUUUUCAUCAUGGAAACGUCAAAUUUGUGCCGCGGUUGUAUGAAAGAAGUCGAUAUUUCAGAAAAAGUAAACACUGACCAAGAUACAUUGGAGAUGUUUUGUUAUUGUACGAAUAUUAAGAUUACUCAAGAUGAUGUAUUGCCAACAGAGUUCUGUCAAGAUUGUAAACUUAGCAUAGAGUCUUCAUACAGCUUCAUUAAAAGAGCUCAUCAUGUAAAUAUAACUUUAAGAAAUAUAUCAUUAAGGCAAUCGUCUAGUGUUAUUGUUAUACCAAAGAAAACCAAAGAUAUACAAAAGGAAAUCUUAUUAGAUGAAAAUAGAGUUAAAGAUUCUUUAUCAAUUGUUGAAAGUUGCAAUGACAUUGAUACUAAUGAUCAUAAAAUAGAAGCUAUUGAAAAAGUUAUAAGUACAAAUGAGAUGGAAUUUGUUAAAAAUGAUAUCAAAACAGAUGCAAAGAAUGUAUGCCCAGAAUGUAAGAAAACUUUCGUAUCUAAAGCGUGGUUUAACAAGCAUAUGGAAAAUGAAUGCUCAGGACGGGAUUUUGAGUGCAAAAUAUGUAAUAAAAAGUUCCCAAAGAAGUCGAAGCUAGCGGAACACAGCACAAUCCACUCAGAGCAAGGCCAGUAUGUGUGCAACACUUGCGGGCGGCAGUUCAGGCGGCGCAAGCAGCUGACGUCGCACCUGAUAUCGCACUCCUCAGAACGCCCGUACACUUGUGAGAAAUGUUCCAAGAGCUUCAAAUUAAAGAGAAUACUCAUUGGCCAUAUGAAGAUACAUGAUGAUGUGAAGCAAUACUUGUGCUCAUUUUGUGGAUGGAGCACAACUCAGGCGAACAACCUGCAAGUGCACCAGCGCGCGCACACGGGCGCCAAGCCGUACGCGUGCGAGUGCGGCUUCCGCACGGCCACGCGCUCGUCGCUGCGCCGCCACCGCCUGCGCCACUCGCAGCGGCGCGCGCACGCGUGCUCGCACUGCGGCAAGGCGUUCUACGACGUCAGCGCGCUGGUGCGUCACCGGCGCACGCACACGGGCGAGCUGCCGUACGCGUGCACGCGGUGCGCGCGCGCCUUCGCCGACAGCUGGAAGCGCAAGAACCACCUCAUGCGCGCGCACGGGCUCGGCCUCAGCGACAUACCGCGCAUGCGCAAGGACGGCCAACAGUAUUGACGCAAACAAACAAACAAACAACAAACAAAAACACUUUAUUGUGAACCAAAUGAUAACAAAAAGUAACAAAAUAUAUAUGACGCAAUUAGUAUUAUCCGAUUUGUGGUGAUAGAUAUAAUAAAUG